CUUUAUUCUGUCCUUUUUGUUAUGUGGAUAUACAGGAACAGGAAAAGAAGUUUUCGGACCCUUUCUAAGGAACAUAGCAAGCCAAAAAAUGACAGAAAAUGACAGGUGCACAAAUAAUGAUUUUUCCCCAUAUUCAGGUGGAGAAAUAUGUCGGUGAAAUUAAGGGAGGACUGAGGCCAACUAUGAAAAUCACUAUCAUGGGCGUGAUAUAUCCCACACCAAAAAGUUUUUCAGUGGCUUUGCUUUGUGACCCCAAGGAUGAUCACACAACCAGGGAUAUUGGAUUAUUACUUGUAGUCAGCUUUAGUGAGAAAUCCAUUGUCCGGAAUUCGCAAAUUGGUGGGAAAUGGGGUAAGGAAGAAAAGACAAUUCCCUACUUCCCAUUUACAGCAGAAGACUCAUUUAAGAUGGAGCUUUUGUGUGAACAUCAGCAGAUCCGGAUCCUGCUUGAUGGACGUCAGUUGCUUAGUUUCAGUCACCGUGUGCAGCCUGUACAAAGGAUGACUGUUUUGCAAAUCUCAGGAGACUUCAAGCUUACCAAGGUGGCUUGAAGAAAAUAAAAUGCUGUUCCCAGUGUUGAGCUACAAUACUCAACAAUCCCAGGCAAUAUGACUAACAGCGAAAGAUCCCAGAAGUUUUAGCCCAAUGUCUGAAAGGUCAUAAAUUCUCCACCUCUGUAAUAAAUAACCCCAUUUCAUUUCUG